AUGAAUCAUCCAUUAGUAAAUUUAUUGUAAACUUAGGGUUUAAAAUGUAGAAAAAUAUGUCACGCUAUUGAUUUAUAUGGGAUAAAUCCAAAUUUAUUGAUUUUUGGUAAUCAAAAAUAUUCAAGUAUACUUGGAAGUCUCUUGACAAUAAUAGCUUCAGCAUUGACAUUCGGAUAUUUAGUGUAAUAAGUCUAAGAAUUGGUAUACAAGUAACUUCCUCAAACAAUUUUAUCCGAACACCUAGUUACUGAAACUUCUGUAUACAUAUAUAAUAUAUAGCCAUUUCCAUUGGAAAAUCAUAAUUUUACAUUAUCAAUAUCUGUUGCUAAUAUGGAACAAAAUCCUUUGAAGACGAUUGAUAAGUACUUUACUAUUAAAGUUGAAAAUUGUUUAAGAUCAAGAUAGCUUAAUACAACAACUAAUAAAAUUGAUGUUGUUAAUACGUAUGCGUAAAGUUAUAAAUUAGAUGUAUAAAUUAUCCAACAGAAGCAUGCACAUCAGAUAAUUUUGUAACAGAUAUCUAAAAAGAAUAUUUCAGUAAAAUUCGAUUAGGAACUGCUUAGUGCAUCAAGAAAAAUAUUUUGCAAAGUAAACCACCUGUAAUGAUAUAUCAUCAUAGUAGGUACUAUAAGGGAUUGUUUCAGGAAAUUUAUACUCCUACAUCACUAUUAAAUUUGCAGCUUGUAAGAAUAGUACAGAGAAACAAGAUUGUGCUUCAAGGGAUGAUAUUAAUAAAGAAUUAAUUAACGGUUAUUAUGUGGUUCAUAUGAGUGAUUCUCUAAUUUAAAUGAGUAAUCCCGAGAGCAUCUAAAAAAAUUUCAUAAAAAUGCAAUAUACAUAAUUUUCAAUAUCAACUUCCAAAACUAUAUAUCAAGGAUUCAGAAUUAUUCAAUCAUUUACUGAUGAAGGAGUUUUGGUUAAUAAUGUUGUAGAGGAUUCAUUUUUGGUUUAAUAGUACUAUUAAGAAUCAACUGCAGAUUAUAAUGAAGAUUAUUUAAUCUUACAUAGUCUAAUACUUGAUAAUAAAUACACAAAUUAUUAAAGAUCCUACAUUAAGUUACUGACUAUCUUAAGUAAGAUUGGAGGAUUGUGGUAAUUAAUAUUUAUGUUCUUUGGAAUUAUUUCUAAACCAUUUAUUUUAACAGAAAUGAAAAUUAAUUUAGCUAAUAAAUUAUUUAGAUUUCAGUAGGAGGAAAAUGAUCUCACUCAAAGCAUAAAAAGAGAUGUGAGUAUGAAAUCGAAUGUCGAAAAAUAUGUGAGAUAACCGUAACAUAAAUUGUCAACUUCAAUAUCAAGCAUUCUACAAUUCUUAUUUGGGUGCAAUAAGGCAAGAAUAAAAUAAUUGAAUUAAGCAAAUGAGAAAAUUCAAGAAAAUUUAGACGUAGUUGAAAUAAUGAGAAAAUUUUAGGAGUUUGACAAUCUGAAAUCAAUAAUUUUGACAACUAAUUAGAGAGUCUUAUUUGAUAUUAUUCCGAUUCCAUUAAUAACGAAUGUUUCAUCUAAUAAAAUUGAUACAGAUUCAUACUCAAGUAAUUAGAUUAUCGUAGUAUAGACUAGCAUCAAUCCAAAGAUAAUUUUGAAAGAUUUAUUGAGGCCUAUAAGUCAUUUUAUUAAAUUCGUGAUAUGUCUGACACCAUUGAAAAUGUUGGACAAAAAAUAAUUACAUAUUUAGAUUAGGAUAUGAUUAAACUCUUUUAUGAAUAUCAUUUGGAUUCUGAAUAGAAACAGGUUCUUUAAUUAUUAUCAGAAGAGAGGAAAUCUAAAAUUUUAGAUAGAAACUAUUUAGAUUCUGAAUCAAAAAUAAGUCUCUCCCCUUGUAAUUCAAACCAUUAAGAAGUUCAAGCCGUAAAGAUAUUUCUUAAUAACUAACAAAUUAAAAGAAAAUUAGAAAAUUUAUAGGCGUGA